GCCACUCUAGCCCGCUUUGCCUCUAUGAUAGAUGCGCUGAUCUUACAGAGAUGGGAAACAGCUGGGGCUUUUUGUCGCCUACUUAACCUCCACCCCUUCGUGGGGCGCUCUGCCCGUGACUGUCCCUCCCAGUGUCUAUGGUUUACUUAAAGGGGCCGCUAGGCUUUCAAAGCGGCGGGGUCCCGAGAUGCUGCUUACGGUGAAGGCGCUCCAGGGCCGGGAAUGCAGCCUCCAGGUCUCCCCAGAUGAGCGCAUCUCCUCUCUCAAACGACUCGUUUCAGAGAAGCUGAAUGUUCCAGUAUCCCAACAGCGCCUGCUUUUCAAAGGCAAAGCUCUGGCAGAUGAACACUGUCUGUCUGAUUAUUCUAUUGGGCCAGAGUCAAAGCUCAAUCUUGUGAUCAAGCCACAGGAGAAGGCAUCGCCUGAGGAACCUGGCCGCAGAGCUGGUCCCCCACAGAAUCCUGCCAUUUGGCAGUCGCUGGCCCACGUCCUGGGCAGGCAUUUUAGUGGGGCUGAUGCUGAGAAGCUGCUGGAACAAGUGCAGAAGGAUUAUGAGCGAAGCCUUCGACUGCUGAGCUUGGACGAUAUUGAACGCCUGGCCACACGCUUGCUUCACCCUGAAGUGGCCGAAGCCGUAGAAAUGGGCUUCCUGGAUUAGCUGCCAGACGUGGUGCCUCUGGAGCCCCUUCUGCACUUUUGGACACACAGCCCACAAGUGGGGCUCAGUUUGAGGCUUCAUCGGAAUAUUCCCUCUGGACUGCUGUUUAAAGGGGUAGAGAGCAUCUGUUAACUCUUCCCCAUCUAUUAAAGGUGGUGAUGGGUAAGACUGA